UAGGAGGGCAAAUGGAUGGGACGUAGACUGGGAAGAUGGAAGCCUGUAAAUUGUUUUUUAAUUAUUACUAUUUCACUUAUUGGACCUAGACAUUACUGAGCAUGCAUUCUCUACGGAGUAUUGUACAUGCAUUAAUUUCAUAUAUUUCCUGUGACAACCCUAUGAGACCUUUGAUGAAAAAAGAGAUGAAGCUAAACAGCUUUUAAUCUGAGGAUCCUGUCUGACUUGGAUUUGUAGGUUGAAGCCUCCAGAGCAGUGUUUGGUAACACGAGGGGAGAAGGAAGAGACACAGAUGCCUGUGACGGAGGUGUUUGCUGAAACUUCAGGCUUGGUUGGCUAAUGACCAUGGCAGGUGGAUGAAUUCCUGUGCUUUCUAAGAUUGUUGGCCACUGGGCUGAAGCCUAUAAAUUCAGCUGCCGAUUUUGCGGAUUUGACCAUGUAAACUCCUCUGCACGGCACAUGGUGGCCUGGGACAGUCAUGAUGUUGGCUACAAUAUGAUUUGUUGAUGACAACAACUUAUGAGGCAGAGAGUUGCAGAGGGUUUAGGAUCUCCCCAGGCCCAUAUUAUUUUAUAGAGAGGAACACCUGAUUUUUAACAAGAAGUGUCCAAGUGAUGAACUCAAUAAACCACUUUUGUGGUCUUUGGAACUCAGCUGGAACAUUUGUACAUCCAAGUUGCUAUCAACAACCAAGCCUUGCCAUCCUUCCCUAAGCUGGAGACAGGAGAGUCCCAUGGCCAUCCAGCUAAAACCACAGGGACUAUGGCGACCCAGGAAGUCACUCCAGGCAGCCAGUCUGAGGAGAGCAGUGCCUUGGAUUUGCCAACAGUUUAUGACAUAAGAGAUUACGUGCUGCAGAGACCCCAUCAGGAGCCCAACAGUGAGGCUUUUAGUUCUGUAGAAGCCUUUUCUAGUCCUUGCUCUUCUGAUCUGGAUCCAGAUACCAGUAACCUAAAUUCUGAACAAAAUGAUUCCUGGAUCUCUGAGAACUUCUCACUGGACCCUUCUGUGAAGGGCCAGGUGAAGACCAAGGCAGAGGACGAUGGACUUCGGAAAUCCCUAGAUAGAUUCUAUGAAAUGUUCGGCCAUCCACAGCCGGCCUCUGGAGAUCCACUCUCCGCAUCCGUCUGCCAGUGCCUGUCUCAGAAAAUCAAUGAACUGAAGGGCCAGGAGACCCAAAAGUAUGCCCUCCGCAGUUUCCAAAUGGCCCGGGUCAUCUUCAAUCGGGACGGCUGCUCGGUCUUACGGAGGCGUUCCAGGGACGUCCACUUCUACCCGCUGGAAGAAGGAAGGGUGUCUCUGGAUGAUGAAAAACCAACCCCAGGACUUUCAAAAGAUAUCAUUCAUUUCCUUAUGCGGCAGAUGAAAGAUCUUUAAAUAGUGCCUGGUGGUCAGAGCAGGCAGUGUGGAGAGUGGUCCAGUGGUCAGCGCUGUUAGUGCAUCACCCACUUCCCCUCCAGCUUCUCUUGCUGACUCUGUGUGUCCAGCCCGCUCCUCCCUCCAAGCGUGUGUCCGGUCCCUGUGUCCGCACCACCUCCCACCCCACCUUACCACUCCCUUUGACUUAAGACCAGUGACUGACCGUGAAGCCCAGAAGCCCAACUCUGAGGCAUAAUUUACUCUCCAGAGCUCCCCUCUGGGUCAGGCCGAGACUGGGACUUCACAUGAAAUCAUUCCCUUGCUCAGGACCUGCUGUUUCCCUGUCCUCCUCCCAUUCAUCUACUGGUGUCUCCCAGGAGCCUUUCCUUAAUGCAUCUCUUGUACCUGAA